AUGGAAAAUAUUAUGACGAUUAAUUACCUUUACAUGUUCUACAUACUUUAUGCAAUAUUAUAUACUCAACUAAACGCUGAGAAAAGACAAAGAAGAUAUCUCUUGUUCACACCUAGCACUCAAUGGGGAGUGUUUGUAACAGUAUCCAUACCGCUUCCACAUCCAGAAACAUUAGUAAGCGUUGCGUGGUUCUUCGAAGCCAAUUACUAUAAUGUGGCAAACGCGUCCUAUUUCGAACCUUUGCUUGGUGACGUAGAAAUAGGAAGUGUCCGUCGUCACCGAAGUGUUCAAGACACCACUCACAUUUUGACUCGACAAGGUGCUUAUAUCUUCCUAGAGUCCAUGCUAAAAAAACACGGUUAUCCGGGACGCCCGUGCUUACUCAGGGCCAUUUGCGAAAACUCGUCACAGUUCUUGCAUAACGGCGUCCUCGGCGAUUUACUUCAUCUCGUCCUCACACCGUCAUCAUCCUUAGAAGAGGAAAUUGAAGAUUGCUACUACGAAGCAGAGUAUUGGGGCUUAGAAGGCAAAUGCGACUAUUACAAGCAUUCAUGUCCUAAAAAUCCUAUAGAUAGUAUAUCAAUUAAUAUUGGU